AAAUGGCAGCACAUACGGCGCCUUCCAAUCGAAGGACCCGAUUCUGGCGGUGGAAAAGGGCGGUGAAAUGGAAGGCGGAAGCGACGAGCAUGGGAUUUCCGUUCACCAUCCGACCUC